UUCUGUGCUUUCGUGUAUGACCAUACAGAGAGACUUUCGGUGUUUUGGUCGUGAAGGCACCCUCGAAACGCUUUCACGCUGACUCGGGGUGAAACGUCAAGGAACGGAGAAGACGUUAAGGCAAUGGCCAAGCGCUGUAGACGCGCUGUCAGGAAGGGAAAAGCGAAAUAAGCUGUGAAAUUGUGACUGUCGAAAGUGAGUGAGACAGCGAAAGCCGGCGAGUCGAAGGGGAUGCCAGGUUGGAGUUUUCCGCCCUCACUAGACCUCCCCCAACUUACACGGAGUCAUCCGCCCCCGUCCCGUAAUUCUCCGUGUAAAAUCUCAUUGGCGCUCAUAACAACGCCCCCUUUACUGCUUAUAUUUCAUCGUAAAAUUGAAAACAUUUUUUUUCUUUUCCUCUAAAUCAUUCUUCUACAACAAAUAGGAAAACUGCUAGUACUGGCUUCCGCAUUUUCCCCGAAUUGUUGUUUCCUUUUUGAAUGAAAGUUUUCAAAUGCCGCGUUCUAUGUUUGCCGCUCUCGAUGUCUGCGCAUGCGUAAAUGCCCAUCACCGAGCCAUAUUGAUUCCAAGGAGAGCGAAGAAGAGAGAAAACUUAUCUUCUCAUGUUUAUCUUCCAAAAGUUUGAAAAAAGAUUAAUUAAAAGUUCGCAAUUAUUAUGAGCUAUAGUUCAUUUCUUGUUCAAAAUGAAGAAGACUGUUAACAAUACGGAGAUGAAAGUUUGAUGGUUAUGGCAUUACAUACUGAAGUUUGAAUAUUGAAGGUUACUGAUUUAAAAUGAAAGGAAAGGAAAAUUAGUAUCACUAUUUGAACGUAAAGAAUCAUGAAACAAAUAAGGAUAAUUUUUUAAAACUGCAAAUAUACAAAGAAUAAAACAAUCGAAGAUGAAUGGCUGAAGGAGAAUUUACUUGCGAACGUCUAUCAAGCACAAAAGGAGUUCGAUUCAAUCUUGAAUAAAAUAAUGAACCUUAAUAGUAAAUAAUCAUUUUAUGUCCUUAAGACUUCAUGACGAUUUGAACGUCCACGUGCCUUAGUUUUAUUUGAAACAAAACAAACGGGCAAACCUUUCCAUACUUAAGGAAAACCCCGUUAAAUCACAUUAUGUUGGCACUAAAAAUGAACUAACGAAUGCAUCAGUUGGCACAGAAAAUAUUCAAAAGUAAUGCUGCUUUAAAAAUUUUACUCGUUAAAGUAUAAUAAUGACGGAAGAGGUUACGGCACAGAAAAGAAUGACAGAGCAAGGGGAAAGAAUUUUCUGCUAAAUUUGUUAACUUUAAACCUUAACGGUUUUCAUGAUAUAACACCGCAGAAAAGAUUAGUUUUCCUUUGGUUUUCCCAACAUCAAAAACUCCACGAUGCCCUGGUCGAACGAAGAGGUACUGGUCCUCAUCGCCGAAUACGAGCAGAGACCCAUCCUGUGGAAUGCAUUCCUCGACGAGUAUAAGGAUCGCAGCUUGAAGGCUGACACGUGGGCGGAGCUCGCCUAUGUCAUGCAGAAGGACCGACAUGAGGUGGAGAAAAAAGUGCACGCCCUACGAGUUCAAUUCAACGAGGAACUAAGGAAAUUGGAGAAGAAAAGGUUAGCCUACGGGUGUGACGAACUCCCUAGAUCGGCAUGGCAAUACUUCGAUGCCCUCAGCUUCAUUGUGGCCGGUUGCAAGAAGAAGAAGGCCACGCACCACCCACAGGUCAUGGCACCCCUUCUACCCAAGCCCGAGGGGUCACAGCCCCUGUCCUUUGAGGAGCAGGCAGUUGCAUUAGCGCUUACAACGACAGGUGCCAUGGCGCCCCACGACACCUUCACCUCCGCCACGCCUCACAGCACAUCUACCUCAGCCGUACCUCAUGCUACCUUCCUGGCGACUGCCAAGGGAACCAAUGCACAGCAGGGCACCCAGAAAAAACAGCAAUUCGACCCCAGGGUGAAGAAACAUGUCCUGGAGAGGGUAUUCGACGCAGGCAACAAACCGAAAAUAGACGAGUACAACGCCUUCAGCGCCUACAUAGCGUCCGAGUUCCGCUCCCUGAAGUCUGAAUCGGUCAAGAAGAGGCUCAAGAAGAACAUCUUGAGCGCACUGAUGAGGGCAUCCGAGGAAGACGACGCAGAGAAAAACUUCGGUUCUCAGCCUUCGUCACAAUUCUUCGACUCCCAAAACCCGGUGUCGUCGGCACCGAGUCCCAGGGGGUCGUCCAGCCCAACGACCUCCAUCGAUGACCAUCAUGUGAUGAGCAUGCAGUCCGUUACCAACCAAAUGGUAGGAGUGAUAGAUAACGUUUUAAGGAAAGGGAGAGCCACAGAAAGACCAGAGGGACCAUCCAAUACCACUUCAGAACCAUACAUGUCGCCUGAAGCUAGGCCUAUAAAGGAAGAAAUGGAAGAGUUCCUGGAAGAUGAAAAAAGUCGAGAGGGGGCUGCGAGCCCCGAUUUUCCUGGCGUCCAAGUCACUCUAAACGAAGGUCCUCUUCCACAACGGAAAAGGAGAAGGACCCAAUACGAAGACGUGCAGAGCUCGAACAGGAGUCCUCACAACUAUUAUAACGACGACCUACGCGACGCCGAAUCGGAGGAGGAAGAGCUCUUCGGCAGGUACGUCGCUGCCUCCCUCAAGAAGUUCCCCAGGAGGGCCAAGUCCUUUGCCAAGAUGCGCAUCCAGCAUGCCUUAUUCGAGACGGAGGAAGGCGACAGAUUAGGGAAAGAGUACACUCUCAGCGUCAGCAUCACUGAGGGAAAUUAAGCAGGGUAAAGGCGCUGGCUGACCUUCGUCUGCCCGGUCUCUGGCCAGCACACUCUUCUUCUCUGGACUUCCUCCUUAAACCCUCUUCCCAACCCCCGCCCCUCUUAUGUCUCUCGGCUAGGUGAACUGCGCUUUGUUCCCUAUGCCUGACCUAACUCCAGAAACUAUAGGUUGAGGCCGAGCCAACAGCAAAAUCAAUACAGCAUUUUUUAACAAAUGUGCGAAGAUAUCGCUAUAUCGGCGGUAAGACGAAACAGAACGUGAUCAUUCAGUAAGACAGAUGAAAUCACUGUAAAUCUACAUUAUUAAAGCGUACAAAACCUAAGAUUAAAAAGUCAAACAACUGACUAUCCCCACAAAAAUACAAUGAUAGCAAUAAACCUAAGAUCACUCAAUAGAUGGUUUACAGAAUAAAUAAGAAUUAAAGGUACAGAAUACAAACACAU